GGCUGCAUACACGUGGCCUGAGAGGGGAGGGGAAGGGGGCGCCCUGGGCUGCUGCUGGGGGCUCCCGGAACCAUCGCAUCCCUGCCCGGGGGGAGUCAGCGCCCCCGGGGCUGUAGUUGUUGGGGUCCGCGCCGGGCUCUUCUAAGUCCUCGGGGCAACAUCUUCAGGAACAACUUCUUUGCCAUCUUUGACCUGGGUCCUGAUCUCACACAGAGACUGCAACAAUGUCCCAUUUCAACAAAGCCGAGCAAGAUGACUGGAUGACUGUUUAUCUGAAGUAUCUCUUGUUUGUGUUUAAUUUCUUCUUCUGGGUGGGUGGUGCUGCAGUGAUGGCUGUUGGCAUAUGGACCCUAGUUGAAAAAAGCGACUAUCUGAAUAUCCUGGCAUCUAGUACAUUUGCCGUGUCUGCAUACAUCCUGAUCUUUGCAGGAGGUCUUGUGAUGAUUACAGGUUUUCUGGGAUUCUGUGCAAUCAUCAGGGAACAAAGGAGCUGUCUUUCCGCAUAUUUCUCCAUGCUCCUCUUGAUCUUCCUUAUCGAGCUGGUUGCUGGAGUUCUUGCCUACAUUUACUAUCAAAGGCUAAGCGAGGAGCUGAAACAGCACCUGACCCAGACCCUGACUGAGAAUUAUGCUGUUCCUGGGAAAACACACAUCACACAUUCCGUCGAUCGCCUGCAGCAAGACUUCAAAUGCUGUGGCAGCAAUAGCUCAGCUGAUUGGCAGCACAGUGUCUAUAUCCUGUCUGUAGAGUCCAGUGGCCGAGUGGUACCAGAUAGCUGCUGUAAAACAAUCACCUUCAAAUGUGGGAAGAGGGAUCAUCCAUCUAAUAUUUACAAGGUGGAGGGAGGAUGCAUUACUAAACUGGAACAGUUCCUGGCAGAUCACCUUUUGAUAAUGGGAGCUGUUGGCAUAGGAGUAGCUUGCCUUCAGCUGCUUGGUGCAGGCCUGACUGCCUAUUUUAACUAUAUUCUCUAUAAGGAAGAGGAAGAAGAUGCGUAUUCUGUAAUGUGACUGGUUAGCCUUCUUUACCCCUACUAUGGCCCCCCUUGUCAUGGAACUGGAAAACAAGCACCUGCUUCAGCUUCAUGGAGAUGUUCUGUUUAAAUGACCUGCCAAGAGAGUCUGACUGCAAUUAAGUCAAGAUGUGACCCAGUGCAUCAAAGCCUUAUUAGUAGAAGCAGCUGAGGCAGAAAAUGGACGUGACAGCAGAUCCACAUGCACUGCACGCACAUUCAGAGAGCGAAUGCCCCGCUUUAGCAAAUGAGCAAACUCGAUGAGAUUCUCUAGCAUUCAAGAUGAAAUUUGCCCCAGAGCAGAGGCAGCCACUUCAGGGCCCCCACAUCACUGAAGUGCUGCAUAAUGGAGUAGAGAUCUGGGCCACAUGCAGUAGGACUAAUGGAGUCCUGUUGGGAAGGGGGGGACUGGGAGGGUGAGCCAUGCCAGAGGAGCAGAUUUCAUGCUUAGCACAGUGCUCAUCGCUGCAGGGUCCACCUGCAGCGGGCAGGAAGGGGUGAGGCAUGGGCUGGCCAGAAAGUCCCAUCCAGGUCAGGUCCUCUGGUCCUUUGCCCCACAGAGGACUGCAUAAGGCCCAAUGGUGGCUACCAUGACUGAGGCAACUUUUGUGGAGCAUCUCCUCAAC